AUGGCCCGGGCCCCCGGGGCCGAGCCUGGGCCCUGCCAGCGGCUCUGGCCGGCUGAGAUGGUGGGAGGAGGCGCCUGGCGGCUGGAGGAGCCCGGCUGCCCCGUCCCCACGUCACUGCCGACGCUGACCCGGCUGCUGGAGCAGCGCCUGGCGCCGGCCCGGCAGCCCGAGGAACCGCACGUCCGGCGAGCUUUCUGGGAGAUCAUCCUGGCCGCCGCCACGCGCGCCUGGGAGACGGUCAGCGGCUCCCUGCGCGACUCGGCCCGCGGCGGGGAGAUUUACGAGCACUUACUGUCCUACCUGGUGCUCGCGGCCGAGCGGCUCUUCCUGCACUACCUGCGGCUCAUGAGGAGCAGCCGGAGAAGGGCUGUCUUCACCGAGCAGGCCAACCUCACCCGCUUCCGCGCCCAGCUGGCCCUCGACUGCGCUACCUACUUCGACGUGGCCGCUGUCCGCCAGCAGCUCAUCACGGAGAUGAAACGCCCCGCGGCCCGCGGCCUCCGGAGAGCCGAGAGCAGCCGCAGGGCCACGCGGGGCUGCCGGCUCGGUGUCACCGUCAGCCACUUGCUCCGGCUCACGUGGCCGUCAACCCCUUCCUCCUGGGAGAAGCUCAUGAUGGACAUCAAGGAGCUGGAGGACAUCCCGUCGCCAGACCUCAGCCGCGUCCCCCGCUGGCUUUCCGUUGGGAGGAUGCAAUUCCCGCUGUCCGCCCUCCGGAACCUGCCCUGCAAGGCGAUCCGCACGCCCUGCCCGCAGCCCUCCCGCUCCGACGGAUGCCCCGGCACCCAGCAGCCCAAGGCCGGCUCCCGGUCACUGCCGGACCUGAGAGAGGGGCGGCAGCUCCUGGAUGAGCUGGGGCUGCCCCGGCCCCCUCGGCGCCGCUCCCCAGUGGUGCUGGAUUGCUGCAGGGAGCCGGAGGCGGCUGGAAGCGGCUCGGCCGCCCUGGCCGUGGCGGAGGAUCUCCGCUGGCUGACGCAGCAGGCGGCCAGGCGGGAGCUGAGCGAGGACCUGCGGCUGCCGCCUCUCCUCGCCGUGCUCACACGCCGCAGCCAGGACGACGCUCGGCUCCAGCGCCUCCGGGCGCAGCUCCGGCAGGAGGAGCUGGCCCCGCCGCCGCGGCCCACGCGCCCCCCCGCCGCCAGCCUGCUCGCGCGGCCCAGCCUGGCGGCGAAGGUGGCCGCGCUGCAGGUGCCCGGCCGGGCCUUCGUGGAUGUGGUGACGCUCCAGGGCUUCGCGCCGCUGUGCAGCGACCUCCUGGGCGACCCCCACACGGCCUCGGCGGACGCCCUGGACGCCGGGCUCUGCCCGGGGAGGGAGGUGCAGGAAGUCUACACGGAGCUGGCGAAGAACCUCCCCAGCGAGCAGCUGCGCUUCGACUGCGAGCCCCUGGUGCAGCCCUCGGCCACAGACCGGGAUCUCUUCUGCAGCGCAGCCUCCGAGGCGCAGGAGGAGCUGGUGAUCAACGCAGAGCUGAGCAAAACGCUGCCGGCAGUGUGGCACGGCUCCGAGGCGCCCGCUGCCCCCGAGCCGGCCCCCAGGAACGUGCCCUGGAAGCAGAGAGGCUCCUGGCACCAGUGGUGGAAAACCACCUUCGGCUUUGACGACUACCUGAAGUUCAUCUCCACUGCAGAGACCGACUACCUGCAUGUGAUAUUCCACCUGCAUGGCCAAGCCAGUGAGGAGGAGGAGGAGCCGGUGGCCCCGCCAGUGUGCCAGGAGCAGAGGGAGAGGGAGCCGGAGCAGCGAGCCCCGCGGGGCAGCUCCGGUGCCGAGCAGUUUGUGCCGGGGCUGUGGAAACCGGGGACGCUGGGGGAGCCGGGGCCGCCCGGGGAGACGAGGCUGCUGCAGAAACGCCUGGAGCGGCUCUGGGCCGUGCUGCACGUCUCCGGCCGGGAGAAACUCGACAUGGCCAUCAAGUACAGCUGCGGCGCGGGCUACGCGCGGCUCCCGGCCGCGCUGGAGGCCUGGGAGGCAGCCGCCAGCCACAUCCAGGAGCGCGAGCUCCUGCUGGCUCACCUGGAGGCGCUGGAAGAAACCGCCUCCGACCCGAACCGCUUCUUCGAGCUGACGCCGGGCUCCUGCGAGACCCGGGCCGGGGAGGCCUGGGCCAGGAGGCGCCUGCACGCCGCCAUCGCCCGCCGCGACGCCGUGCUCUCUGCCGCCCUGCGGACGAUCCGGGCGAAGUUCGGUGACACGGUGACCUUCAAGGGCCGCCCCUACCUGGAGAAGAUGCGGUGGGACAAAGUGGAGAUGCUCUACUGGCUGCAGCAGGGCCGCCGCGCCGGGCUGCUCGACAGGGACCCGCGGCGGCAGCCGGAGCCGGCGGGGAGGCUUCCACAGCUGGCGCCGCUGGGCGUCACGGCGCCCGCCCGCCUAGCGGGCAGCUCCUGGUCGUAAGCCGAGCUGGGCGGACGUUGGUGCGUCGGGAGAGGGUGCGGAA